AUGACCAACAGCGAAACAGCGCGACCUGGUAUCGCAGAGGCGAACAAUGUGAGCCAGACGCAGAAAUCACCGGGAAAGCCCGAUGUCUACGAACUCCAAGAAGAAACCUCUACCGAAUCCGCCCAAGCCGCGGUUCCGCAGCCCGCAGCGAGUCCCGAUGCUGUUGCCGAAGCUGACGACCCGGAGUCGGUCGAGUCUUUGCCGCCACCGAGACCUGCACCAUCAGCGUCGUUCGUCUCACCAGUAUCGAGGAGGAUGACAGCAGAUAACACCGAGGUGGAGGAGAGUCCUGCAGAUGCGCCGGGCAGUGGGAGACGGCGGAGGAUUACAACAAGCAGUGCUGUCGCGUCGAGCGCUAGGUUACAAGAAGCCCUUUCCCCGGGAGAAAACGCGACAGAGACAGUUCCAAUAUCGUCUCCUUUGGAGCGCAAAGUGCGACGGAACACGACCAGCACUCGCAGGUCCACACUCAGCUCUCGGGGGAGUCGCAAUUCGGCUGCUUCUGCCAACGAAGACCUGGAUGAGCUCUCUCCGGAUCGGACAACAAACUCUGUCUCUAGGACAAGGUCUCCCGAGCUUUCAUAUCGGGGUGAAGCAGAGCCAGAGGAAGCGGAACAAGAAGCAUCAGAAGUACCUGUCGACGUAUCAGAACGAGCAACAGCAAACAAUUCCCAAACCGAAUCGAUACUGGGACCGGAGCUGGACGCGAUCGUUGACGAAGUGCUACAGCAGGAACAGGAUCACAAUGAAAGCUUGGCAGAGGAAGUGGGCGCGAAGGAAGCAGCUCAACAACUGGGUCGGAAGCGACCGCGCACGAGUCCACGAAGAUCAUCCCCGGAACCAGACUCUACGAUAGCUGAGGAGGAACAAGAAGAGCCCGUGCCAAAGAAGCGACGGAAACAAGCUCACAAGAGCCCAGCGAAGCAGAAGCAAGGCAGACCCAAGGCCGCCUCCAAAAGCAAGGCGGCCUCCACGGCAAAGGACGCCUCACCCAAAGCUGCACCGAAGCGCAGGAAGAAGUCUGGAUCAGAUGGAGUGGAUGAGGCUGUAUCCAUCCCCGUGCAGCGCUUCACGAAACAUGUGCAAGUGGCUGAAGGCGGCGACGAAGCGGACGUGCUCGCUAUGGAUAUCCCUUUCGCCGGGCGCGGCGGUGUGAACACGGUCGACGUGUUGACCCAUAUGUGCGACGAGAUUAUCGAGACUAGCAUAGAAACCCUGAAGGAGGGAGUGCGUAAUGCCCAAGACGCAUCCACCAAGAGAGAGCAUCGCGUGCAGCAACGGGCUCUGGAGGCGUAUCAGGACGAACUGAGGACGCGGCUCCUCCAACAUGUGGGUAGAUCCGCAUCCCGAGGCUGGGUGGUUGCCACCACCAUUCUCCUUGACACGCUCCACAGCUUGCGCAAGCGAGUACGCAGUGUCCAGAAAGAGAGGAUCACUCUUCGGGACGAAAUCAUGCGCAUCCGAGCCGAGCGAGACCAGGUGGCGCUCCGGAAAGAUGCCGUCAGGAUUAAGCACGAGAGGGUGACGGAAGAAGCACUGAUGCAUGACAUUGAUCUUGCCGUGGAGCGCGGUCGCGCGGCCCCCGAGUUGAGCCCGGCCGAGAAGAAGACGGCAGAGUUGGCGAACCUCGAGAUUUUGAUAUCUAGAAUUACAGACCAGGCGUGUACGCGCAGCGAUACAGGGGGCACGCUGAAGCAGGUCAAGGAUUUCAACGCGUUCCUUGAACGAGCUGCCGUAGCUCUAGAGGGUCGAUAG